UUUUUAGUUUUUAAUGUCUUUUCAAACACAAGUUCUAUUGUAUGAUCUGCUUAUCCAAUAGCUUAGCAUAGCAUGGAGUGAGAGAUUUCCAUUAUCCAUGGAUGACAUGACAUCAUUUUUGCAGAAUUUGAAUUAUGUUUUUGUGCUGUGAAAUGGUGUAAGACCCUUCUUCUCACUUUUCAGUUCUCACUCUCAUAGCUCCUCACUUGCAUUACCAAUGGCUCUGGGUGGUUUGCUUUCCAACACAAACUUCACUUCUUUCAUUGGACCAGGAAAUUUAUAUCAUUUGGGAAAGGAUCUAUCACCUCAAAGAGGGGACAUUUCUUGUGCAUUUGUUGCACGUUAUGGUGGCCAGAAUGCAAAGGAUUAUUUCUCAAGAUGCUGGCAUGGGAUGCGUUUUCAUGCUAGAGAACCUUUGAAUGAGAAAGUUUCAAAACUAAUACCAACAUUUGAAGAUGAAGUGCAGCGUUGUUCUUCAAUAUCGCAGAGACCUAUUCACUGCAUGAACAUGAAACUAAACGCCAGCAGAAGAUGUCACUACUCCCUCUCUUCAGAUCUCUAUAGCUGUAGCCUUAUUCAACGAAGAGCAGUAUAUGGACUGGGUUUAAACAAAGUUGGUAAGGCUAAUCCGGCUUGUGUUCAUUACAAGUCUGAGGAUUAUGAUAUUACAGAAUCAGAGGUCAAUCCUCUUGCAUCAGCUGAAGGGACAGGUGAAGCCAUUCUCUUGGAAGGGAAUGUUCCACAAGUAUCUUCUUGGUGGCAGAAGUUUCCAAAGCGUUGGGUUGUUGUGUUGCUAUGUUUUGCAGCAUUUCUGCUGUGCAACAUGGAUCGUGUGAAUAUGAGUAUAGCAAUACUUCCAAUGUCUCAAGAAUUUAAGUGGAACAGUGCAACAGUUGGCCUAAUUCAGUCAUCUUUCUUCUGGGGCUACCUUCUUACACAGAUCCUUGGUGGCAUAUGGGCCGACAAACUUGGUGGGAAACUAGUGCUAGGUUUCGGAGUUGUCUGGUGGUCAAUGGCAACAAUUUUAACACCUAUUGCUGCAAGAAUUGGGCUCCCUUGUUUGCUUAUUAUGCGUGCAUUUAUGGGGAUCGGUGAGGGUGUUGCCAUGCCUGCUAUGAAUAAUAUGCUUUCCAAGUGGAUUCCAGUUUCAGAGAGAAGCAGAUCACUGGCCCUAGUAUAUAGUGGCAUGUACCUUGGUUCGGUGGUUGGCUUGGCAUUUUCACCGUUACUAAUCCAAAAAUUUGGGUGGCCAUCAGUUUUUUACUCUUUUGGAUCCCUUGGAAGUAUCUGGUUUGCCUUGUGGUUAAGAAAUGCAUAUAGCUCCCCAAAAGAUGACCCAGAUCUUGGGAUAGAGGAGAAAAGGCUCAUACUAGAAGGCAAUGUAUCAAAUGCACCUGUUUCUUCCAUUCCUUGGAAAUUAAUUUUAUCAAAAGCACCGGUUUGGGCUCUUAUAAUCUCCCACUUCUGUCACAAUUGGGGGACUUUUAUUCUUCUGACCUGGAUGCCUACUUAUUAUAAUCAGGUUCUGAAGUUCAACCUCACUGAAUCUGGGCUCUUAUGUGUUCUUCCAUGGUUAACCAUGGCUGCUUUUGCAAAUAUUGGUGGGUGGAUUGCUGACACACUUGUGAGAAAAGGCGUCUCCAUAACAACUGUUCGAAAGAUCAUGCAAUCAAUAGGAUUUCUGGGUCCUGCAUUUUUUCUUUCUCAACUGAGCCAUGUCAGAACACCUGCCAUGGCUGUACUAUGCAUGGCGUGUAGUCAGGGAUCUGAUGCAUUCUCACAAUCUGGUCUCUAUUCCAAUCACCAAGAUAUUGGACCCCGCUAUGCUGGUGUAUUGCUUGGACUAUCAAAUACGGCAGGAGUGCUUGCUGGUGUAUUUGGUACAGCUGCAACUGGUUUAAUACUCCAGCGAGGUUCUUGGAAUGAUGUUUUUAAGGUUGCUGUUGCUUUGUACAUAAUAGGGACAUUGGUGUGGAAUAUCUUUUCUACUGGAGAGAAAGUUCUUGACUGAAGAUUACAUGCCAAGGAAAGUGUAGCCUUUUUAGCCAUUGAAAUAUAGAAACGGAUGGAACAGUAAUCAGAUUACCAAACAUGUCUUGGAAGAUUAAACACCCUAAAAAAUUGGAAAAGAAAGAGACACCAUGGAAGUUUUCACCAUAAACCAUGGCCUUUGAUAAAAUAGUGUCUCCAAGAAGAAAUCUUGGAUUAAUUUUGCUCCUUUUCCUCGACACUUCUCUACAGUGAGUUUGUUUCUAAAAUGAGUAAGUAAAGGUACCCUUAUAUUUUAGUAAGGUAAGCUUAGAAUACACUUUAAAUUAAGUCAAUAUUAGAUACAUUUUUACUUGCUUACUUUAUAGCCAAACUCAGUAAUAAACUCACUUUACUGGUCCUUUUCCCUUUUGCCCAUGCCUUUGUUCCAUGAACUCAAAUGCUUUAUGUAUAGAAAGUCAGUGGGCUGUUUCCUCAUGUCAAACCUCAUCUAAGCAAUCACAAGCUCAGUAUAUACAUGUUAAUUAGAUUAUUCAGCUAUUUAA